ACGGACUAAUCAACAUGGCGUUGGGUUGUCAGUGGUCGCGUCGAGCGAGUCAGAGUUCCUUCCAGAUGUCAGUGGUGAGGUUCGGCACAGAGCGAGCACGUCCCGAAGGCCAAUAAAACCAUAUUUGAUAUUUUCAGCGGCGGCGUUGGGUAGUGAAGCGGACUUUGCUGCACUAUGUCUCUACUUUGUGUGAGAGUUAAGAAAGCCAGCCUCAGGGGAUCUCCAGAUAAAUUUAACACUUAUGUAACACUGAAAGUACAGAAUGUAAAAAGCACUACAAUAGCAGUACGAGGAGACCAGCCUUGUUGGGAGCAAGACUUCAUGUUUGAGAUCAGCAAGCUGGAACUUGGUUUGGUUGUUGAAGUCUGGAACAAAGGAUUAAUCUGGGAUACAAUGGUGGGCAAUGUGUGGAUACCACUAAAAAGCAUUCGACAGUCUGAUGAGGAAGGGCCAGGAGAUUGGUCGACUCUGGAUGCUGAAGUUUUAAUGAAGGAAGAUGAGAUAUGUGGAACCAGAUGUCCAACACCGCAUAAAAUCCUAUUAGAUACUCGUUUCGAGUUGCCUUUUGAUAUCCCAGAAGAAGAAGCAAAAUAUUGGACGCAGAAGCUGGAGGAGUUGAACGCCAUAAGGAAUCAUGAUGAGUACCCAAUUCGAGAAGUCCAGAAGAAACCUUUGCCCACUGCUCCCUCCCAGUGUUCCCUUGAAGAUCCUGACAGUGCUGUUGAUGAUAGAGACAGUGAUUAUCGUAGUGAGACCAGUAACAGCAUUCCACCUCCUUUUCAUACCACAUCCCAGCCCAAUGCGUCUGUUCAUCAGUUCCCUGUUCAGUCAAGAUUUCAACUCCAAGGAAGUUCACAGGACUCCUAUGUUGAUACAAUCCCAAACUAUGAUCUAGAUUACCGUGAGAAAAAAGGAAUCAGUCCUACAGGAAGUAGCAGAUACGGCUCAUCAGGAAACCUCAGCCAAGGCAGUUCUCAACUUAGUGAACUUGAUCAUGAUAAUGAAAACGUCCAUGAGUCUGCAAUGGAUGACAGGCGAGAUCAAGAGUCAUAUCACUCUCAUAACAGCUCAGCUACACAGGAAUGGUAUAAUGAAGCCGAUAAACAGCCAGGACAUUCGAAUGAAAACAAGAUCAAUGAAUGUCAUGAAAAUUCCAGAAAAGUGAAUGAAGCUGUACUUGAUACUCCACUCCCUAACAUCUCGCCCCAGCUGGAUAUGAUUGGAAAACCACAUGAUAGUUAUAAUGAUGAGGAUAGUAUUCCUGUAUUUCCUCCUGCUCGAGCACGAUGGAUUCGAGCCAUUAACAAAGUCCGAAUGCAAAUCCAAGAGGCUCAGCUUGGAGGUGAUGGUGAUCCAUCCAAAUCAUCUUGGUUUAAAGGAGGGUCUGGUGGUGGUCUAUAUGGUAUUGACAGUAUGCCUGACCUUCGGAAGAAAAAGCCCAUCCCACUUGUUAGUGACCUGUCACUUGUUCAAUCAAGAAAAGCUGGCAUUACCUCUGCAAUGGCUACUCGUACUUCCUUAAAAGAUGAGGAUCUGAAAAGUCAUGUUUAUAAGAAGACCCUUCAAGCCUUAAUCUACCCCAUCUCUUGCACUACCCCACACAACUUUGAGGUCUGGACUGCCACAACACCUACUUAUUGCUAUGAAUGUGAGGGACUUUUAUGGGGUAUUGCUCGUCAGGGAAUGCGGUGCACAGAGUGCGGGGUAAAGUGUCAUGAAAAGUGCCAAGAUUUACUAAAUGCCGACUGUUUACAACGUGCAGCAGAAAAAAGCUCCAAACAUGGUGCAGAAGACAGAACACAAAAUAUCAUUAUGGCAAUGAAGGACAGGAUGAAGAUCCGAGAACGGAACAAGCCGGAAAUCUUUGAGUUGAUCCGGGAUGUCUUUGGAGUAACAAAAGUUGCACAUGCCCAGCAGAUGAAGACCAUCAAACAAAGUGUACUUGAUGGAACAUCCAAGUGGUCAGCAAAGAUUACCAUAACCGUGUUGUGUGCUCAGGGACUUCAAGCAAAGGAUAAAACUGGCUCCAGUGACCCUUAUGUCACUGUUCAGGUUGGCAAAACCAAGAAGAGAACAAAGACUAUCUAUGGAAACCUGAAUCCUGUGUGGGAAGAGAAAUUUUAUUUUGAAUGCCACAAUUCCUCUGAUCGUAUCAAAGUAAGAGUGUGGGAUGAAGAUGAUGAUAUUAAAUCACGUGUCAAACAGAGGCUAAAACGAGAAUCUGAUGAUUUCUUGGGACAAACUAUCAUUGAGGUUCGGACACUAAGUGGAGAAAUGGAUGUCUGGUAUAAUCUGGAGAAAAGAACAGAUAAAUCAGCAGUCUCAGGUGCAAUUCGAUUGCAAAUCAGUGUUGAAAUCAAAGGUGAAGAGAAAGUUGCUCCUUAUCACAUUCAAUAUACCUGUCUGCAUGAAAACCUUUUCCACUGUCUCACAGAUCUUCAGAGUAGUGGUGUUGUAAAAAUACCAGAUGCCAAAGGAGAUGAAGCGUGGAAAGUUUACUUUGAUGAAACUGCACAAGAAAUAGUGGAUGAAUUUGCAAUGCGUUAUGGAAUAGAAUCCAUUUACCAAGCAAUGACGCAUUUUGCUUGUUUAUCUUCUAAGUACAUGUGUCCAGGAGUGCCAGCUGUAAUGAGUACCUUGUUAGCUAAUAUAAAUGCAUACUAUGCACACACCACUGCCUCUACCAAUGUAUCUGCCUCUGAUCGUUUCGCUGCUUCAAACUUUGGGAAAGAGAGAUUUGUGAAACUGCUUGAUCAACUGCACAAUUCGCUUCGUAUUGACCUUUCCAUGUAUAGGAAUAAUUUUCCUGCAAGUAGCCCUGAACGGUUGCAAGAUCUGAAGUCCACAGUCGAUCUGCUGACUAGUAUAACCUUCUUCAGAAUGAAGGUGCAGGAACUGCAGAGCCCUCCUCGUGCUAGUCAAGUGGUGAAGGACUGUGUCAAAGCUUGCCUCAAUUCGACUUAUGAAUACAUUUUCAACAACUGCCAUGAAUUGUAUAGUCGCGAAUAUCAGACUGAUCCAAACAAAAAGCAAGAGCUACCUCCUGAGGAACAGGGACCAAGUAUUAAAAAUUUGGAUUUCUGGCCAAAGCUCAUCACUCUAAUAGUCUCCAUUAUUGAAGAGGACAAGAAUUCAUACACUCCAGUACUUAAUCAAUUUCCCCAAGAGCUUAAUGUAGGCAAGAUAAGUGCAGAGGUCAUGUGGAACUUAUUUGCACAGGAUAUGAAAUAUGCCAUGGAAGAACAUGAGAAGCACAGACUCUGUAAAAGUGCAGACUACAUGAAUUUACACUUCAAAGUGAAAUGGCUGUACAAUGAAUAUGUCCGAGAUCUUCCAGCAAUCAAAGGGACGAUACCUGAAUAUCCAGCGUGGUUUGAACAAUUUGUAAUGCAAUGGUUGGAUGAAAAUGAGGAAGUCUCUCUAGAAUUUCUACAUGGAGCUCUUGAGAGAGAUAAAAAGGAUGGGUUCCAGCAAACAUCUGAACAUGCUUUAUUCUCUUGCUCGGUGGUGGAUGUUUUCACACAAUUAAAUCAGAGCUUUGAGAUUAUUAAGAAACUCGAGUGUCCCGAUCCAAUGAUUGUUGCUCAUUACAUGAGAAGGUUUGCAAAGACCAUUAGCAAAGUUUUACUACAGUAUGCGGAUAUUCUUCUAAAGAACUUUAAGUCGUACUGUUCCAAGGAAACAUUGCCUUGCAUUCUGAUGAACAAUGUACAACAGCUCAGAGUACAGCUGGAAAAGAUGUUUGAAGCCAUGGGUGGAAAAGAGCUUGAUUCUGAGGCAGCUGACACUUUGAAGGACCUCCAGGUGAAGCUGAACGGUGUUCUAGAUGAGCUUAGUGAUGUAUUUGGUGUAAGUUUCCAGCCUCGCCUUGAUGAAUGUGUUAAACAGAUGGGAGAUAUCCUAAGCCAGGUCAAAGGUACUGGGAAUGUCCCUGCUACUGCUCGUAAUAGUGUAGCACAAGAUGCAGAUAAUGUGCUUGGACCAUUAAUGGAUUUCUUGGAUGGCAAUUUGACACUGUUUGCCAAAGUGUGUGAAAAGACAGUGUUGAAACGUGUUCUCAAGGAACUGUGGAAAAUUGUGGUAAACACAGUAGAAAGAACAAUUGUUCUGCCUCCUCUAACUGAUCAGUCGGGUACUCAGUUGAUUUUUACUGCUGCAAAAGAACUGGGGCAGUUAUCAAAGCUGAAGGAUCACAUGGUUCGUGAAGAAGCUAGAAGCCUUACACCAAAGCAAUGUGCUAUAAUGGAUUUAGCCCUGGACACAAUAAAGCAAUACUUCCAUGCUGGUGGAAAUGGUUUGAAAAAGACUUUCCUGGAGAAGAGUCCAGAUCUUCAGUCACUACGAUAUGCUCUCUCGCUCUACACUCAGACCACCGAUACGCUUAUCAAAACAUUUGUUCAAUCUCAAACUGCUCAGGUGCAUGGUGGAAAGGGUAUUAGGGUUACCGCUAAUGAGGACGCUCUUCCUGACAAGGGCUCUGGUGUGGAAGAACCAGUGGGUGAAGUCUCCAUACAGAUCGAUCUUUUCACCCAUCCAGGAACAGGAGAACAUAAAGUAACAGUAAAAGUGGUAGCUGCUAAUGAUCUGAAAUGGCAAACAAAUGGCAUGUUUCGACCAUUUGUUGAGGUCACAAUGAUUGGUCCACACCUUAGUGACAAGAAAAGAAAAUUUACUACAAAAUCGAAAAGCAACAACUGGGCUCCAAAGUACAAUGAAACUUUUCACUUUAUAUUGGGUAAUGAAGAUGGUCCAGAUUCAUAUGAACUUCAGGUCUGUGUAAAAGAUUACUGCUUUGCAAGAGAAGAUCAUAUUAUUGGGAUUGCUUUAAUGCAACUACGAGAUAUUGUAGAUAAAGGCAGCUGUGCUUGCUGGUGUCCACUAGGCCGCAGUAUUCACAUGGAUGAGACAGGUUUAACUGUCCUUCGAAUACUCUCACAAAGAACCAAUGAUGAAGUGGCAAAAGAAUUUGUCAAACUGAAGUCAGAAUCUCGGUCUGCUGAAGAAAACAGUUGAAUCUUAGGGGGUUGCUUGUUCCAGUGGCUCGGGUCAUUUUCGUUUCUAAUUUAUACCUCGUGCCAAUAUGUGCAAGUGUUCAACAAUUCUCUUUUGUAAAUGGGACCCUCUGCACUACUCUUGUCAUUGUUAAUAAGGCUGUGUUGUCUACCAAUCAAAGUAUAGAUCUUUAUGUGAAUUUUAUUUAUUUACAAUAAUCAAAAGAUUAAAUUGUGUUUAGAAAUAAAAUGUUAUUGCAUAAAAUAGGAUGCUUACAUUUAUGUAAAUAAUUUUAUGAACUGGACAUGAGGCCGUGAGUCUCAGAAUAUUUUUUCACUUCAAUUGAACACUGUGAUACCAUCAUUUAGUGAGAUGAACAACGGAGAGAUACCAACAAAAAUUCCACACUCAUGCCUAGAGUCUCAGUUUUUCAUCUCUCUCAUAGGAUUGCCAAAGGUUGUCUUUUAAUUGUUGUAGAUAAAAUCAUGCAUUCCAUUUAAUAAUACUAAGUGUUUAGAAUCCAAUGCUAUGUCUGCUAAUUUCUUGUGCAGGAUUAAUUUGUGCUUGGGGUCUUUUAACCACAGAGGUGUCAAACUUGAAAUAUAAAACUACUGCAAUAAGUGGAUGACACUAUGGAAGAAUGAUUGGCCAAAUAUUUAUUCAACUAUUUUUUUCUGAUUAUGUUUCUAAUAAAUUGUGUGAAAAUGAAGCCAAAUCUGUUAUCACUAUUAGUUUUGGAAUUUCUUAGCUAUUUAAAGAUUAUGUCCUAAGGUAGUUAACAUCUUGAAAGUCCUUAUUUUGAGCAUUAUUGUUAUUUGCUGAAUUUCUAAAGAGGUGCAUGCAAAGCUAUUCUUCUAUGUUUAAUAUUCUUCUUUUGGACAUCAUAACAAAUUAAUCUGUAAUUCACAUUCACAUACUUGGUAUUAUUUCAUUUUGGAAAAAUCAAAAUCCAUUUUAAGGAUUUUGAUUUGAGGACUGCUCAUCCAUUAUCAGAUACAUUUCUGUGGGACCUCUGUCAAUCUUACAGCGGACAACUGAAAAAGCCCUUACAGACAUUCUGUCCUGUAGGUUAUCUGCAUUGGGAAAUAUUUAUGGUAUUUUUACAUUGCCACGUAAUGUGCCAUUUCGAUAAAAAAAAGUAUUGUAAUUAAUAAAGUCCCUGUCUAGAAGUUC